CGGAACCGUUUCCUGCUCCAGGGUCCGUGUCAGUGGAAACUAGCCCGGAACCCGAGUCCAGCACGGAACCCGAGUCCAGCCCGGAACCACAGAGCAGCCGAGCCGGGGGUCGAGCAGGGGCCCGGACACCGUGAGCAGGCUCCGUUACCGGAAACACCGGGACCACUCGGGAGGAUGGCGAAGACCUACGACUAUCUGUUCAAGCUGCUGCUGAUCGGGGACAGCGGCGUCGGUAAAACCUGUCUCCUGUUCCGGUUCAGCGAGGACGCGUUCAACACCACGUUCAUCUCCACGAUCGGAAUUGAUUUUAAAAUCAGGACGAUAGAUUUUGAGGGAAAGAAAAUCAAACUUCAGAUAUGGGACACGGCGGGUCAGGAGAGGUUCAGGACCAUCACGACAGCCUAUUACAGAGGAGCCAUGGGCAUCAUGCUGGUGUAUGACAUCACCAACGAGAAAUCCUUCGACAACAUCAGGAACUGGAUCCGGAACAUUGAAGAGCACGCGUCCUCGGACGUGGAGCGAAUGGUUCUGGGAAACAAAUGUGACAUGAACGACAAGAGACAAGUGUCCAGAGAACGAGGAGAGAAGUUGGCGAUAGAUUACGGAAUCAAGUUUCUAGAAACCAGCGCAAAGUCCAGCAUCAACGUGGAGGAGAGCUUUUUCACACUCGCCAGAGACAUCAUGAUGAGACUGAACAGAAAGAUGAACGACAAUAACCCACCAGGUGGCGCUGGUCCAGUGAAGAUCACAGAGUCUCGCUCCAAAAAGAGUUUCUUCAGGUGUUCACUGCUGUAGAUGGAGCCUUCGUCCUCCUCCUCCUCCUCCUCCUCCUCCUCCUCCUCCUCCUCCUCCUGCAGCAGGAGGAACAUCAGAACUGUGGAAACAUGAAGGACUAAACAGGCUCCUCCUCCUCGUCGCUCUCUCAGGUGAAGAAGAGUUUGUAAAGAGAGAGAACGUAAGUGACGAUGAGGAGGAUGAUGAAGAUGCAGAGCUUUGUUUGAAGUUUUCAUGUUUUAAUAUUAUUUUCUUUCAGAGUUUAAAAGUUUCAGCACUGAAUUUAUUUUUCAAAGAUCAAAGCCUUAAAGGAUCAGAAAAUCAUUUUAUAGAUUCUAUUCAUGUUUUACUUCACACUUAUAUAAACUUAAAAUUAUAUUUAUAGUUUUAAUAAAAUUAUGAAAAAGUAUUAUCAUUUAUUUUUAAAGUCUUUGGGUUGAAUUUCACUCAGUUAUGUUUCACCAAAAAAAUUAUUUAGAAAAGCACAAGUAGAUCGUUUAAAAUAAAUUUUGGUAAAUAUGAAUCUAAAAUUAAAAGAAACAAAGGUUAAAAGUUCUGAUUCAGUUAAUUUUUUAAUUGAGUCAAUCAUAUUUAUUUCAAAUUUUCAAAUUUGAAACACAUUUAAAUUGUAUUUGUUUAUUAUCGAUCAUAUUUCAUUUCGGAUUCAAUUUUUCAUCUAUUUUAUUUUAGUUAAAUAUGAUCCUGGUCAUUUACGAUUGUAUUUCUCUAAUAUGUCUUAACUAAAUUAUUUCAAUCACAAAACUAAAUUUAUAAAAUAAAAGUUAUGCUAAUAUACAUAUUCAUAAUUAGAUCUUUUUUAUUCAUAUAUAAUGAACCGACUGAAGAAAAAACAGUGAAGAAUUAAUAGUAAAAAGAAACGAGGACUGAAGUAGAUGAAAGAAAAUGAAUGAAUCAAUAAUUAUUGAUUAUUGGAAUGAUUCAUAUUCAUCAUCAACCUGUUUUAUUUUACUGUCAUGUGACUGAAGGAGUUUUAAUCAUAUGAAGGUGUUGAACUGUGUGACGUGUUUACAGACUCACUGCAGCAGUAUUAUCAUUAUUAGUCAUAUUAUUCAUCAAUGAUAAACCAGUUAGACUAUUAAUCUGUUAUUUUAUUCAUCCAUUAUAUUAUCAAUCAUCUUAUUGUCUUUAUUAACUCGCGUCCUGCUGCUCUUUCUAUUUUUUAACGAUGUUUCUAUCAAACUCAUUUUCAUUCAAGGUCAAAUAUCAAUCAAGCUGAUCAAUAUUAAUUCUGAUCAAUAUUAUUUUAAAAAACACUAAUACUUGUCUUUCAUAAAGAAUUCACGAGUAUUUUGUAUUUCUUAUACAUUAUUCUAAUCUCCCCCCCUCAACUUCAAUAAUCAUCUUUUAUGUCGUUCAUGUUUUUAUAAGAAACAAAACAAAAUAUAUUUUAUUUUUUUAACUUUUAUUUUGUUCUUCAGUGUUUUUUCUGUGAAAUGAGAAAAAGUUACAAAUGAAGACUUGUAUCAAUAAGUCUAAAAACUGUUUGAUGAUAAUCAGCUGAUCGAUAAGAAUCUGGUUCAUUUCAGCUUUUUCUCUUUUUACUGAUUAUUUUCUGUUUCAUUAUAAAACUUGUUCAGUUCGUUUUUUAAUUUGUUUGAAAGUUUUUAUUUUCACUUGGUAACUAUUCUAUGCAAAAAUGUCUAAUGAUAAAGUGUUGAUGUUUAUAUUAUUGAAGAAAAUUUCAUUUUAUUUUCACAUUAAAAUCCGAGUCUGAUGAAGUUUGAGAUUUUUACACAGAAAACUUCAAAUCAUUUUAGUUUUUUGUCUCAUUCAAAUCUAAAGAUUGAGAAUCAACAGAAAAUCUGAAACAUGGAAACUGUGCAGAUUUUUUUCUGAGACAUAAAUUCAUUCGGGAGCUGAAUGUUUACACGUUGAAAUGUUUUCUUUUUAUUGAUCCUGAUUUUUUGUGUAAAAAUCUGAAGAUUUGUGUUUUUCUUGGAGUGAAAGUUUUAUUGUGAAAAUAAAUCACUAUGGACGUUUGCGAUCAUCAUCACGGUGGUGACCUUUGACCUCCACUUCCUGUUUGUGAUGUCACUGCAACUGAUUGUAAAAAAAAUGAAAUAAAAUACUUUUUCUAUCAA